CACCGUCCUGGAUCCGAUCUGCUCUUAAGCGUUUAAGGAGAAUCAGAAGUAAAAUUACCGGUUCUCCGGCGGUCCGUUGUCAUCAGUGAAAAACACACAUACCUACUGAAACUGAUGGGAUUCGUUGCGUGGGUCUGUCCAGGGAGACUCUGCUUGGAUUUUAAUCCGACAUGGUGGGUUAGCGUUUGAGUGCAACGGAGACCGUCCGGUAAAAUCCUGACAGAAGGAAUGAAUGAUUCCCGCGCGGCGCGUGAGUGAAAAACGCUCGCGUAACUGUUGCUGUGAACGGCGGUCUGCGGGAACAUGAGGAGAGGAAUUAACUGAAAUAAACUGCGUGGAUUGGCAGUAGGCAUUAAGUGAAGAUGCGGAGGCGCUGGUGGCGAUUGGACUGUCUGGGUUCAGCAAUUGCCUUGUUUGUUAUCAUCAGCCAAAUCUCAGCUCAAAACACUGAAGACUGGCACUAUGAGGAGUGUAAAUUGUCACGAUCGGGUCCGCCUGCCACUAUCGUCACCAUCGAUGAGGAAAGUCCUAAUGGUACGAUUCUGGUGGAAAACAUGCAGAUCAACGGUCGAGCUCGGGAUCCAGACAGAACCAUCUCUCUGACACUGCUGGACAACUAUGACUAUUGGGUUAUUCUUGACCCUGCCCUCCAGAGACUUUUCCUCAACAGCACCGGACGUGUGCUGGACCGAGACCCGCCAAGCUCCAUCACUACCAUUGUGGUUCAGAUCCAGUGCACCAAUGAGCUGGUGGGAACGGUUAUUCUGCAUGAAGUACGGAUAGUGGUGAGGGACAGAAAUGACAACACGCCUCGUUUCCAGCAGCCUCGUUACUAUGUAUCAGUUAAUGAGCUCACUCCUGUCGGCACCACCAUCUUCACCGGCUUCUCAGGAAACAAUGGAGCCACGGACAUUGAUGAUGGACCAAACGGACAGAUCGAAUACGCCAUUCAGUACAACCCAAAUGACCCGAUGUCAAACAGGACGGUGCGGGUUGCUGGGACGCUGUCUGGUAACAUUGUUUUGGCAGAGCGGCUGAACUACGAAGAGAGAACUCGAUAUCUAAUUAUAGUCCAGGCCAAUGACCGGGCUCCAUAUCCAGGAACGCGGCGCACAGCUACCACUACUCUGACUCUGGAUGUUUUAGAUGGAGAUGAUCUGGGCCCCAUGUUUCUUCCGUGUGUGCUGGUCAACAACACGCAGGACUGUAACCCCGUCACAUACCGGGUGGCUAUUCCUGAGCUCACAGACCCGAUAUGUAUAGGUCUUCUGCUGCUGGCCAAACCUCUGGACAGAGAGACCAUUGACCAGUAUCGUCUUAUCGUCACUGCAUCUGACGGCCAUCCAGGAGGGAUUUCCACUGCCACCGUCAGCAUCGUCAUCACGGAUGUUAAUGACAAUGACCCCACAUUUGACCUCACUUUACCAAGAAACCUGACAGUGCGGGAGGAAGAGGCCAAUGUGUUUGUGGGUCAAGUCAGGGCCACUGAUCCAGAUGGCGGCCUUAACGGUCAGGUUCGCUACCGGCUGCUCUCCUUUGCGUCCCUGUUCUCCAUAAACUCCACCGGCAGCAUCUUCACUGCCGUCCCGCUGGACAGAGAGACCCGCAGCCGGUACGAUCUGAUCGUGGAGGCGUCAGAUGGAGCGGUGGAUCCACGCAGGACCACCAUCACACUGCUGGUGGAGGUGCUGGACAUCAAUGACAACAGUCCAGUGUUUUCUCAACCCGUCUACACUGUCAACGUCCCAGAAAACACACCGGCUGGAUCCAUCAUCCUGAGACUCACUGCGGUGGAUGCCGAUCUGGUCUCUAAUGUGACCUACAGGAUAAAAACAGAAGCGGCUCUGCAGCUAUUCGCCGUGAACCGUCUGACCGGCGUCAUAUCAGUCCUGCAGGCGCUAGACUUUGAGUCCUUGGCAGCAGGAAACAGCACCUACACGUUUGAAGUGGAGGCGUUGGAUCAUGGUGGAGUCCUGCCUCCAGGAACGGCCACAGUCAGCGUUAGAAUCACGGACAUGAAUGAUUUCUCGCCGGUUUUCAGACAGGCUCUUUAUAAAGGGCUGGUGGCUCCAAACGCAGAGAAGGGAACAGUCAUAACAACUGUACUAGCAGAAGAUCAGGAUCCUCCGGGUACUCCUGCCAGUAAAGUGCGCUACAGAGUGGAUCAGGAACUGUCUCCAUACAGUGGAAGCAUCUUUGAUGUAGAGACGGACACAGGACGGGUUAUCACCAAAGUCAACCUGAAUGAGCAACCCACCACUGUUUUCAAGCUGGUGGUCAUGGCCUAUGAUGACGGUGAGCCGGUGAAGACGAACAGAACCACUGUGGAAAUCACUGUUCUUCAGCCCUCCAGGAUUCCCAUCUUCACAGAGGAGGAGUAUAGGUUCAGUCCGGUGAGUGAAAACGCACCUAUCGCGACGCCGGUGGGAUUGAUUCUGGCCGUCGCCGUCAACACUACUGUGGUUUACUCCAUAGUGAGCGGAAAUGAUGGAGGUGUGUUCACAGUCAAUAACAGCACCGGGAUCAUCUACACAAAUAAAUCUCUGGACUAUGAGAAUGUGACCAGUUAUGUGCUCCGGGUUCAGGCCGAUUCCCUCACCGUCAUCCUCGCCAACCUGCGCGCCCCCUCCAAAACAAACACAGCCAAGGUAUUUAUCGAUGUUCAGGAUGAGAACGAUCAUCCUCCGGUCUUCUCGAGGCAACUGUAUAUCGGAGGAGUGACUGAAGACACUAAGACCUUCACUACAGUGCUGAAAAUUGUGGCUACAGAUGUUGACACUGGGAACUACAGUAAGAUGGCCUACAGACUGAUCAUCCCCCCCACACCCGAGGGACAAGACAGUUUUGUGAUUGAGCCCUACACCGGCGUCAUCAAGAGUGCCAUCAUGUUUAGAAACAUGCGCCGGUCCUACUUCAAGUUUCAGGUCAUCGCCACGGACAACUACGGACUAGGGCUCAGCAGCAAAGCGGAUGUGGUGGUGUCUGUUGUGAAUGCGCUGGACAUGCAGGUGGUGGUGUCCAAUGUUCCUCCUACAGUGGUGGAGGAGAAUAAAGAGCAGCUGAUCAGUAUUUUGGAGCGGUACGUGCAGGAUCAGAUCCCUGGUGCUAAAGUGAUAGUGGAAUCGAUCGGGCCGCGGCGGCACGGUGAAGGUUAUGAACUUGAAGACUACUCAAAAUCAGACCUGCAGGUGUACGCCAUCGACCCUCUCACCAACAGAGCCAUCUCCAGACAAGAGCUCUUCAAAUUCCUGGAUGGCAAGAUUCUGGACAUCAAUAAGGAGUUUCAGCCGUAUCUGGGCGAGGGUGGGCGUAUUCUGGAGAUCCGUUCUCCUGAUAUAGUGGCCACGGUGAAGAAAGCAGCGCAGGCUGUGGGCUACACUGAAGGAGCUCUGCUGGCCCUCGCCAUCAUCAUCAUUCUGUGCUGCAUCCCUGCCAUCCUCAUCGUCAUGGUUACUUACAAACAAUUCAAAGAGAGGCAGGCCGAAUGUGCCAAAACUGCCCGUAUACAGAUGGCACUUCCUGCGGGCAAAUCAACAGGAGGCGGCGGCGGAGGUGGUGGUGGUGGCGGCGGUGGUGGCGGAGCUCAGACCAAUCUGUACGAGGAGCUGGGAGACGGUGGCAUGCUUGGACUACAAAGACGCAGAAGGUCUGUAAUCGAAGAGGCGGACCGACAAAGCCUCAUACGAAACUUCGCCUCACGUGCAAUUGCUGCUCACAAACAGUGCGCUGGAAAUGGAAAGAUGAGCAACAAGCUUCCCAAAUCAGAAAGCGCCAUCACCUUCCUCUCAGACGAACGCCCGCUCACUACUCAAAAUCCCAUUUUCCAGGAUGGCCCAUCUAGUAGUCCAGAACCCAACUUGGAGGUCCGAAGGAUUAGCGGUUUUCUGUACAGUGACGCACCUUCUCCAACAAGCCCCUGCGGUCAAUUCACCUCAUGGUCACUGCCAUCCAGAAUUCGCGGACGAGGAUUUUACAGUACUCUGCGCAGGCAAGCUCUCUGGGACCCUGCCCAGUGGGAGGAGCAACAGCUGAAGGCAGAGCUUACAGACAGCAGGGAGGAGCUUGAUGCAGAUCAAAGUGGUCGUAGUACUGAAACAAAACUAUCAGUCAGAGAACAGGCUAGACAGUUUGAGCAGCAGGCUUUGGCUGAUCGAACUCCCAGGCAAAGUCGCGACUCUUACGCAUCUUUGGAUCCUGACGACCCACUGCUGGGCACCAUCAUGCUUUCGUAUAGUACAAUUUCUGUUGGCAAGGACAGCCUGCCGUGCAUUAUCAUAACAGGGGGCGACGGUGAGACUCCUCCUCCACCCACAGCUCAGCGACCGACUCCACCGGUUGUAAGAAAGUUCAGCUCAAGCAUCUCAAAUUACAUGACGGUGGAGCCUUGCGAGAUUAUGUUGGAAUUCAUAUCAGACUUUCCAGAGAGCCCACCUCCAUCCCCUCCAUCUCUUGUCCCGCCACGCUCUUUUCUUUCUCCUCCAUGUCUGGAACUGGACUGUACCCCACCACCAACCCCACCUCCCAUUCAGUCUCCAGAAAUCACUGUUCACUCUCCGACAUUUAAACCAAAAGGCAUCCUGAAGAACUCUGACAGAUUCAGUUGCAUCCGUGAUGUUAAAUAUGACAACAUGGACGGUGUAGAUGCCAGCCAAUCAAAAUCAGACUUUUGUGCUCCGCUCUCGAUCCCAGCAGAAUAA